AUGACAAUUAUCGACCAAAACGAUGACGCCAGGUGUAGAAUCACCACCCAAACCCUCCUCCUCGUUGGGAUUGCCGGAUUGGCUUCACUCUCGUGGAAGACUCAUCUAGCGUUGACGCUAGUGUUAAAAGUUAAGGAGGCUGCCUUUCGCCUUGACGGCAUCAUCAACUGCCGUCUCCUCAAUUUUGUCGACCUCAAGGCCUCACCGAAGUCCACAAACGUCGUCAUCUCCUCCGACGUGGUCGUCGACUCCACUCGUAGUCUCUGGUUCCAUCUCUUCGUCCCCGUCAAAAAUGAGCCCUUGUCCUCGUCUCUUCCCAUCAUUCUUUACUUUCAUGCCGGCGGCUUUGCAACCUACAACCCCUCUUCGGUUCACUACAACACCAUUUGCCGCAAGUUCACCUCCACAAUCCAUGCCAUUGUUGUUUUCGUCAAAUAUCGUUUCUCACCAAAGCACUGCUACCCAUCCCAAUACGACGACGGCUUUGCAAGCUACAGUCCCUCCUCGGUGCACUACAACACCAUUCGCAAAAGUUCAGUUUUCAUUUCAAGUCUAUAA